AUGUUAGACCUCAACGAAAGAAAUAUUUACAGAAAAAUUAAAAUAUAUACUACGAUUGAUGAUUUAAGCUCAGAAGAAAAUCAAUUUAAUAAUAAACCGCUGAAGGAAUCUAAUAAUAUCAGCAACUAUAAACAGACAGUUUCAUUUGAUACUGUCCCUAAAUUUUUGGGAUAUUCACAAAAUGAUCUUAAUCCCAAUGAAACAAGUAAUGAAUUGGAUCUGGAUUAUGUUACAUCGGAUACUUUGACUGAUAACAGUGAUUAUUUUAAUUAUAAAUAUUCGCAAGAUCGUAGUAAGUCUCCCCCACCAAAAAAGGCAAUAGAUAAAUUCAGUCCUAAUGGAGCUUCCCCGUCAUUUCCCAUAAUUCAAAAGAAGAAAAGUUUAAAUGAUAUUUUCAAAAUAGGACAUAAUGGUAAACUUGUUAGAAUUGAUUAUCCAACUAGACCAAGCAUAGAAUCAUAUGCGAUUAUCAUUAACAAAUAUCAACUUCAUUGGUUAAAAAUGUGGAAUAGAAGAAAAAAAAUUAUAGAAUCAAGAUAUUUCAAUAAGAACAAGUAUUUUUUGAAACCUGAUAUACUUUUUGAUGCAGGUGAAAAUAAAAAUACAAGUAGAAGUACGAAGGGAUCUUCAACUAUGAUGUAUAGCAUGGAUUUGACUAAGAGACAAAGAAAAUUGAAAACACUUCGAAUACAAGAGAAUGAUGAUGUGUACAACAAAAUGUCGACUCAACCAAAGACAUAUCUAGUUCAUAUAAGUGGUAGAAAACAUACUUGGGUAUCAUUAGAUUAUACAAUCACAAAGUUAAUAAAUGACACAGAUCAUUUAAUUGUAAUAGCAAAUUUACCAAAUAUACGGAACAAGAAAAGGCAUAACUAUAACGAAAUUUUAUAUACAUAUGAUCCAUCGGUUCAACAAACAAAUUAUGCACCUACUGCAGUAGAGAGGUCAGGCUCACCUGAGGCAUUUAAUAAAGAUGAGGAUGACAAAGUUUUAAACUAUUUUAAAGAAAAUAGGCAUUAUGCAGAUGAGAAUUUUAAUUUUAGAUCAAGGUCAAGAUCAAGGUCGAGGCUUAGAUAUGGCAAUAGACCUGCAUCAUCAACCUCAAAAUCUAUGACAAGAAACUUUAGUUCCGAAUCUAAUCCAGCUAAUGGCGAUAUUGUCUGGAUUACGGGGUAUAGUCAAAAUGAAAUUGAUACAAAGCUAAAUGACAUCUUUGACUAUAUCAUGGUCUUAUUGCCAAAAGGGAAAAAGAUAAAAAUCACAAUUGAAAUUGUAAUCAAUAAAACUUUAAGAACAUUAAUCGAUGCAACUAAUAUAUAUAAUCCAGAUUUUAUUGUACUCUCUACUUUAAAAUGGAGAAGAACAGAUGAUUUGGUAAAAUGGAAAUCAACUUACAUAAAUGAUAAAGUAGCAACUGAAUUUCCCGUUCCAGUAUUUUUAGUACCUGUUAAGAGAUUGAAUGAUUUCGAAAUUAAUCUACAAAAUAAACAUCAAAUGUUAGCGAAACAAUCAAAAGCUUUGAACAAACAAAUUAGUGUAAACGCUAACAUUAUAGGAACUAACGAUAAGUCUAAUGUCCCUGGAGCAAUAAUGUAUGAUAAUGUCAAUGCUUCAGGCAGCUCCCAAGCUAGUCAAACGGACGCAAGCGUGGAUUCUGGUGUGUCAUCACCUUCAAUUAAUAUGGUGCCUAGACUUCAAAAAAAAUUAAGCAAUCUGACAAUUGAUUUUUUAAAAAAUAAAACAGAACAGAAGAAGUUAUACGAAAAAGUAGAGGGUAUUGAUCUUUCGAAAUAUCAAUUAUCUAAAAAUGAUUCUCUAACUACAGAUAUUAUAAAUUCAUAUAAUAAACAUUCAGAUAAAGUCGAAAGUGAUCCAGAGUUUGAAAGUGAUUUUGAAGAUACGGAAUAUGAAUCUUCUGAUGGUGACAGUGCAGAUUUAAAAAGUUUUAGAUCGGUUAUUUCAACUACGAAGGAAAAGCUUCAUAAUUUUGCAGCAGUACAUAGAAUGAUUAUGCUAACGAAUCUAAGCGAGGUAAGGAUUGACAGAAAAUUAACAGAUGCAGAAAAGAAACUAAAAAAAAUUGAUGUGAUAAUGAGUACUUCUUUAGAAUUUGUAAUGGAUCUCGAAAACUUUUCUGACGAAGAAGUUGAUGGACAUGGAGAAGAAUUCCUUGAGUUGAAGACUGUGUUGACAGGUGGUGCAGUUCGUCCAACUACUACUUCUAAACGAUCCAUGUUGGACGUCGGAACUUCUAAUAAAUUGGAGAAAGGCAGAAGGAGUAGAAGGAGUUCAGGAUCUGAAAAUACUUUAGAUCCAAGCAAGAUUAGAUUUGCUUCUAAUGUUAAACCGAAUGAUGGGAUUAACGUUUUAGGAAAUACAAGUAGAAGUGAUAGUGUUGUCGCAUCGGUUCAUGAUUCUCCAGCAUUAUCUCCCGUAUCAUCAAACGGACUAAAACAGAGUAAAAAUGAUUACCGAUCUCAUCUUAAUUUACCUCAUCAUCCACAAGCAAUGCGAGUAUUUUCUGAAUUUGAGAAACGGAACAAAGCUAAAAAGAGUAAUGAAUUAAGAAAGGUUAAAAGUGCAACUCAGGUAAAUAAGGUAAGUUCAAGUUCUAGUUCUAGCUCAAAAAAGAAGAAGAAGAAGAAAUUUUUCUUCUUCUAA